UUCUGGAGAGUUGGGUGCACUCGUUCCUGUCAGGAAGUUGAGGGAUUUUGGGAAAUAACAAAGAGAAAAAACACUCGCAUUUAACAUAGCUCGACUCAACGCGUGGGAUCCGGUAAAGUCGAAGAGGAUCCAUGCAAUAGAAGCAGGAUUAUGGACUAAUGGAGGAUUAAUCGAUGGAGACGCGCAGAAGUUUCGGGCUCGUCCGCGUCCUGCUGCUGUGUGGCAUUACAGGCGCUAUAGCCAGAGAAGUAUGUCUCGGGACAGAUAUGAAGUUGGCGUUACCCUCCAGUCUUGAGAAUCACUACGAAAUGCUCAGACUGCUGUACACUGACUGCCAGGUGGUUCACGGUAACCUGGAGAUCACACACCUGCAGGGCAAGCCAGACCUCUCCUUCCUGCAGGGUAUAGUGGAAGUUCAGGGCUAUGUGCUGAUAGCUCAUGUCUCAGUGCCGUCGAUUCCUCUGGACAGUCUACGGAUCAUUCGAGGCAGUCAGCUUUAUAACUCCAGCUACGCUCUUGCAGUGCAUGACAACUUUCACCGCGGUCAGGUUGGGUCCGGUCUGAUAGAACUCCAUCUCAAGAAUCUCACAGAAAUUCUGCUUGGCGGGGUUUAUAUUUGGGAAAACCCUCAACUUUGCUUCCCUCAGAAGAUUAACUGGGGAGACAUCGUUAAUGAAGUCCAGAGCAAAACGUUGCAUCUGCAAGAUAUCCCAAAGAGCUGUCCUCAUUGUUCCGCAGGUUGUGAGUCUGUUGGAUGCUGGGGGCAAGCGGAUCUGGACUGCCAAAAUUUUACCUCUGUGCAAUGUUCAUCCGGGUGUUUGCGUUGUAAGGGUACGAAACCCAAUGACUGUUGUCAUGUCCAGUGUGCUGCUGGGUGCACAGGGCCGAAAGACACUGACUGUCUGGCCUGUCGUCACUUUAAUGACAGUGGGACAUGUAGAGACAACUGCCCCCCACCCACCAUCUAUGACCAAACUACCUUCCAGUCCAAACCAAACAAGGACAAAAAGUUCAGCUUUGGAGCCACAUGUGUGAAACAGUGUCCACAUAACUAUUUGGCCAUGGUGGUGGCGUGUACCAUGGUCUGUCCAAAAGCUAAUCAGGAGUAUAUCUCCGUCCAACCAGAUGGUCAAGAAACACAGAAAUGUGAAAAGUGUGAAGGAGAGUGUCCUGAAGUGUGUUAUGGGAUAGGCAUGGGAAACCUGCUGGGCGCAUCGGUGGUGAACGUCAGCAACAUUGACUUCUUCAAAAACUGUAAAAAAAUCUACGGCAGUUUGGCUUUUCUUUCAGAUUCCUUUAAAGGGGAUGCAGCUAAAAACGUGUCUGGACUACAGCGGAGUGAUCUCGAAAUAUUGAAGACGAUAGAAGAGAUUACAGGUUAUCUGUACAUUGAGGCAUGGCCAGAGGAUUUGCCUGAUCUGAGUGUUUUUGAGAACUUGAAGGUGAUCAGAGGAAGAAUGCUUUACAAGGGCGUUCUCUCUCUGGGCAUUCAGUCUUUGCCGAUCGAGUCUCUCGGGAUGCGUUCCUUGCGCAGUGUCAGCGGAGGUUUAGUUCUCAUUCAUAAUAACACCAAACUAUGUUACGCUUCCUCCCUGCCCUGGACCUCUCUGCUCCACCCAACACAGGGACCCAACCUCAUCAGCAACAACAACCAAGACCCACAAACCUGCGUAUCCGAGGGGAAAGUGUGCGACCCCCUGUGUGCACACGCUAGCUGUUGGGGCCCGGGACCGAGUCAGUGCGUGUCGUGUGUGAACUACAAGCGUGGAACAGAGUGUGUGGAGGAGUGUAAUGUCCUACAGGGGUCAGUGCGGGAGUUUGUGGACGGUACUAACUGUGUCUCUUGUCACCCAGAGUGUCGAACGGUCAAUGGCUCUGCCUCCUGUAGAGGCCCAGGUGCGGAUCAGUGUAGGGAGUGUUUGCACUUUCAGGAUGGAGAUGUGUGUGUUGAGCGUUGUCCCAGCGGAGUGAAGGAGGACCAGCACACCGUGUGGAAAUACUUCAAUAACACGGGACACUGUCUUCCCUGCGAAACCAACUGCACUGUCUCUUGUCCACUGGAUGAACAGGGAUGCCCUAUCCAACAGAAACCCGGGCCUGGAACAACAAUCGCGAUCACCCUCGGCGGAGUGUUUCUCUUUCUCAUUCUGUUGGCACUGCUGGUGUUUUACCUGCGUCGACAGAAGCAGCAGAAACGGAAAGAGACCAUGAGGAGAAUUCUGCAGGAGCACGAGCUGGUGGAGCCACUGACCCCGAGUGGAGCGUUGCCCAAUCAGGCUCAAAUGCGCAUCCUUAAAGAGACAGAGCUGAAAAAACUCAGAGUGUUGGGAUCUGGAGCUUUUGGCACGGUCUUUAAGGGUAUCUGGGCUCCUGAUGGCGAGAAUGUGAAGAUCCCUGUGGCCAUUAAAGUUUUGCGUGAGAACACCUCGCCCAAAGCCAACAAAGAAAUCCUGGACGAGGCGUAUGUGAUGGCAGGCGUGGCCUCCCCAUACGUGUGCCGUUUGCUGGGUAUCUGUCUCACCUCAACGGUUCAGCUGGUUACUCAGCUCAUGCCGUACGGAUGCUUGUUGGACUAUGUCAGAGAGAACAUGGACCACAUCGGCUCUCAGUACCUCCUCAACUGGUGUGUUCAGAUUGCUAAGGGAAUGAGUUACCUUGAAGAGGUGAGGCUGGUUCACAGAGACCUUGCAGCUCGAAAUGUUCUGGUGAAAAACCCAAACCAUGUGAAGAUUACGGACUUCGGUUUGGCCAGACUGCUAGACAUAGAUGAGACGGAAUACCACGCUGAUGGGGGAAAGGUGCCCAUCAAAUGGAUGGCGCUGGAGUCCAUAUUACACAGGAAGUUUACCCAUCAAAGUGACGUAUGGAGCUACGGGGUGACCGUAUGGGAGCUGAUGACCUUUGGCAUGAAGCCGUAUGACCUCAUACCGGCGCGGGACAUUCCAGAACUGCUGGAAGGAGGGGAGAGACUCUCUCAGCCCCAAAUCUGCACCAUAGACGUCUACAUGAUCAUGGUCAAAUGUUGGAUGAUCGAUCCAGACAGUCGACCAAGAUUCAGGGAGCUUGUGAAUGAAUUCAGCACUAUGGCACGCGAUCCUCCGCGUUACGUUGUCGUAGAUAACGAUGAGCAGAUGAGUCUGUCGAGUCCAGUUGACAGCGCGUUCUUCCGCACGUUGAUGGAAGAAGAGGGGGCUAACGUGAAGGAGUUACUGGACGCUGAAGAAUAUCUGGUACCUCAGACUGAUCUCUUCAACACACACGGAGAAAUCAGGGCGAACGGACCGAGCAGACAUCACUCACACCGGAGCACAGAUCAGGGCUUAGAGACGGACGGUUUGCCGAGCAGCAGAGGUUUUUACUCCUCUGUCAGCACGCUGGGGCAGAGUCAGUACCCGACCCUGCCCAUGGGGGCAACUGCCAAUGGGAUGUGGCCAGGAACGCAAUUCCCCUCCUUAGUACGGAGCAUAUCACACCGUUCAGCGGGUGGCCAAUCAGACUCUGUGUUUCUGGAUGGGGACGUGGAGGAAAACGGUCCUCCGUCAAGCCCUGGGCGCUACUCUAAAGACCCAACCUUCCUCAAUGGCAUGGAUGGAGAGAUGGAGACCGACGGGCCUCAUGGUUUCCUUUCACACACGCUUCCACGUGGAGCGCACACACAACCCGAGUACGUGAACCAGGAUGUCCUGUCGGAACGUCCCAGCACCCUUCCGCGCAAGGCGGGAGAGAGGCGAUUUAUUAACGGUCUGUGUACAGGCCAAAGUGUGGAGAACCAAGAAUACUUGUUGCCUAUGGGGAACAUCACGCCUGCUUCGCCCGCCUUCGACAACCCCUACUAUCAUGAUAUUGCAGCUAAAGCUAAGGCCGUGGCAGGAGCGUCCAUAAAUGGCGGUUCAACUCACAGGCGGCCCAACGGCUACGUGACCUCCACAGCAGAAAACCCAGAAUACCUGGGCUUAGCAGAGACUUGGAGCGGUCAGGUCGAGUACACCUGAGAGGAGUAAUGCAGAGAUGAAUGUACUGACGCGUGAAUGACGUGUUUCUCAAAGGACGUUCUCGCCAAUAGGAAAGAUUUCUCACAAAACCCAUGUAGCAUUCUGUGUUUGAUCUUUAAACGUGGACGCACUUCCGGUAUUUGCCAAAAAGAUGAACUUUGGAAUUCUGUCUGAUGAUAAACAAAGCACUACAAUGAUGGUACGAGUUUGUAAGACUACUUGAAUGAUGAAUAACACACUGGAUGUUUUUUGGAUGUAUUUUUUAAACUUCUAUUAGGAUUUUUGUGUGGAUUUGAAUGUUUGGCACAAAACUCCUUUUUCUGGAGGUGCAAUUCAAUUCGGAGCCAGGACCGUACACACUGUGGUUUCCAGACUGAUGCGUGAGAUCUGAACACAGGCGUGCGUCCACGCGAUGGAAGCGGUUUUGUUCAUUGCGUCAUGGUCCGGAGUGAGCAGCUAGGCUACAGUGCCGAUGAAUGAGAGAGACAUUAUUACCAGCGGAACUGGCGUGUGGUGUAUUCAACAAGCUAACUGGCAAUGAAGAUUUAAUAUUUCUCCUCUGUGAUAUAUUCAGGGUUUUACAUUUUUAAACGAUAAUAAAUCAUCUUCAUGGGCUUGGUAGAAGUUGAACAGCAAAAUGAGCCCACAUGUAUAGCAGGGGUGAAUAUUUAGACUUAUUUCAACCCAAAAUCAAAAGAAAGUGUUAUUUUGCAAAUAAACGAGACAAUGAAGUCAAUGACAUUGUUUUUCUACACUUUGAAUUGCAUUUCAUUACAAAUUUGAUUUCAAGUAAUGCAUCUAAAUUAGGGAUGCACUGAUGUAUCGGCCAUUUUUGGCUUCAUUUAGCAUAUCGGCUUUUGCAUAAAAAAGAACGAUACUGUAUUAUUAACCAUUAGUUCAUUGAUAACUAUGAAUGUUGUAUUUCUGUUCCAUAAUUCAUAGUGAGAUAAUUAAAUAUCUGAUUAAACAAAUUUAAAUCUGAACAAAAUAUAAUCUGAUAUCCUUUGAAAAAAAUGUGGCAAAUUGAAACAAUAAGUGGUUAUCAGUGAAUUUAGGACAGCUAUAGAGACGUGAUGUCACCACAUGAUAUUUAGAUAUCAGAAUUCGCCAUGGUUGUUUGUUAAAAUCUGUAUCUGUGGAUCCCUAGACUUACACUAAACUGGAUGUUUUACUUCUAAAUUUCUUAGGCUUAUUUUAUUAAUGCUGAUAUCAAGUUCUUACAUUGUAAAAAUGUAUGUAAUACAAUUUAAUACAAAAAAUAAACCCUAUGGUCCUUAAAAUAGACUGCUGCUUAUUAGUAUUUCUUUUGGUUUUGGGUUGAAUCAGGACGUGGAAUGCAAAAAUAUCUAUCUUGUAUUUCAUUAGUAACAGUUUUUAUUAGAUUCACCUCAGGAGAUGCUUACCUUUUGUGUUGUAUAUUUUCAUUAUACUUUUCAAUGUCAAAACAAGUCUGUCAAGGGAAUGUUUAUUUUAUUUUUUCUUUGCAGUAAUGUACACAAUGUAUUAUUUGAUGUAAAGGGGUGCUUUUUCAAAGGCUGACUCAUUUGUAAUAGCGCAAAAAAGAGAAAAGAAAACGGGCCUUAUUUAUAAAAUGUGCAUACGCAGAAUGUUCAAACACAACAAUUGACAGCGACGUUCAUAUAUUUAUAAAAACAUAACAUUAUUAAGUUAAGAGUUUUUAAAGGGUAAAAUGCAUUAUAAUUCUUCAUGUGUGUUGUAAAGAAUUAUAACCAAUUUAAAAUGUGAAGUGUUAUAAUGUAUUAAGUGUAAUAACAAUUAUUUAUAAGACAUUACAAUGCAUUAAAAGGUGCAUUACAACGCUUUAAAACUACUGUUAACAUGCAUUAUACAUACAUAUAGUCUUUAAUGUGGUAACGUCCAUUGGGCAUCAGGGUCUGAACAGAUGUGUGCACAUUUGCUGCAUUUUUGCUGUGCACAAUUUCAAGAUCAUUUUCGAUUUAUAGGUUUCACUUCUGAGAUCACAUGUACUGUGUGCCCUUUGAGAAAUCUAAUUUAGGACGGUUUGGUGCAGUGUUUUAUAAAUGAGGCCGAAUGUUACCUUCAACCCCACAUUUAAUCAUCCAUGUCUAUAUUGUGUAUUUUUUAUUUAAUAACACCUACUCAUUGAAAUUUAUACACGCAUAGUGUGUUUUCCUUUCAAAAGUGUUCCCUUCACUCUAUCCCCUGUCAAUGGGUAUGUGGCUGGAAAAUAACACACUUUUUUGAAACAUACUAGCAACAAACACAUACCCGCCCUGAUUGUUGUCCCUUCAGAGUGGCCUGCGAAAGCAUCAUUUAUGCUGUUUGGAAGGCACCGAGACACUGCUAACACUGAACACAGUGUUGUGGAGUAAAUACUUCACAGAAUUGAAGAAUGUGAUCUGAUUUCCAUAUAUUAGCAGCUGUGGCCUCUGGGUGGAUGAGCGGCCCUUCAAUGACUCCAUUGUUCCACAUGACAACGUUUGCCCUUUGUUAACUCCAGCGUUCAGUUAAUACGUCACUUCUUUAAAGCAAGAUGUGUGUAUUUAUUUGACGUCAUUCCACAUUCAGUGGGACAAUUCAUACAUUAUUGAUCAUUUUCACACAAUACGUCAAAACACAUCUUAAAACCCGCACGUUUUUUAACAAUCAGACUUGAACGGUUGAUUUUCUUAUGGUGUAUACUUAACUGAAUAUCAUUUUUUGUGUGAAAGAAUGAUAUUAUGCGUGCUAAUGGUACUUAAGAUUUUUUUGAUGUUAGCCCAAACAAUGACAUGAUUGAAUUUCUGCCUGGUCACUAUAUAGCCAACCUUUUAAAUGUCAGUGCUGUUAAAAUGGACGGAAGAUCACAGUUUACCCUUAAUACUGUUCUGAUUGAAACUAAAUUAAAAUCUGCUUGUUGAAUAAAGCUACGUGCCAACAUUACAGACGGGACAGUGUUUUUAAAGAUGGAAUAAAAGCAGUCAUUAUUUUAGGAGUUGGUUACGAUAUAUAUCCACAUUGGGUUUUUGUAUUUAAAUCAGUUUCAGAACCCAGUUUUCAUACCAUGAAUCCAAUGGUGAAAGUCUAUGCAAUCGCAUUGAAGGAAUGGUUACCAUGAUUUAACAAAUCUGUACAUUUUAAAUGUUUAUAUGUACUUUUUAUAUGCAAAUUGUCCAGAUCUUUCUGAUUUGUGGUUUUAUGGAAAUUGUAGACUUUUGAUGUAAUAUUUCUAUUCUUCCUGUGAGCCAUUAAAGUGUAAAUGUAUGUCAUGGACUCGAUGCACUGAGACACUUGUACACUGUCUGCUCUAUGAAUUUUACAGUACCAACAUGCAUAAAAUUGUUUGAUAUAUUUACAUUUAUGCAUUUGGCAGACGCUUAUCAAAAGCAACUUACAUUGCAUUAACUUUUCACAAUUCACAUUUAUACUAAGGUAUUCACAAUCCCUUGGGAUCGAACGGCAACCUUGCUCUUACCACUGAGCUACAGGAAAGCUGUUUACAGGCUCAUAUAAACAUUUACUUUUUUGAAUACUUUGUUUCUUGAGAUCAAUGUUGUAUUGUCAAGUGGCUUUGUUUUGACUUUUUAUCACUGAAUUAUUUUUGGAUAUGGGCAUGUUUUUUCAUUACUGUGCUAUGAAAUCGGAAAGGGAGAGAAUUGUGGCCUGAUGGUGCUAACGUGGCAUUUUUGAUGCCAAAGUUUAGACAGACAAUCCCUAUCCUUAUUUACAGUCUUUUGGAGGUGAACAGUCUGUUUUGAGACAAUGCAAAGUAUACAUUAUAAAUAAUAAAUCAGUUUGUACAGCUAAA